AUGAGAAGAUUUGUAGAUUUGGAUUCGAUAAUUGUUAAUAGGAUUCAAAAAUUUGGUUGUGGUUCAGGAGGUGGUGGUGUUGGUGGAGGACUUGGUCAUGGUUCAGUAGGUGUUGUUGGUGGAGGAGUUUGUCAAUUCAGGAGGUAUUGUUGCCCACUGUUUAGGACUUGGCUAUGGCCAGGAGGUGUUGUUGAUGGAGGAGUUGGUAAAGGCAUUGGUUUCGGCGGUAGUUCUGGUCAUGGUGGAGUUUUUGGUGGGUGGUAUGGAAAGGGUGGUGGAGUAGGCAUUGGAUCUGAAGAAGGUGCUACUGGAGGUGAGGUUUUGGUUCAGUAG